AUGGAAGCAUCACUAGCAAAACCCGAGGAAAAACAAGUAGCUGCAAAAGAUCCCAUGGAAGUAAAUUCUAGUGAAGUCGGUACUGAAGCAGAAUCACUAGAGACUUUAGAAUAUGAGGAGGAAGAAGUAUUUUUUCAAGAUAUUGAUUUAUUAGCAGAACACAGUAUACUCGAGGAUGAUAUAAAAUCCAUUAAGAAUAUGGGAAUAACUACAAUAAAAGGUUUGCAAAUGACAAUGAAAAAGAAAUUAUUAGAAAUAAAAGGAAUUACCGAGGAAAAAAUUGAUAAAAUCAAGGAGGCAUGUUGCAAGAUAUCUCUAAGCAAUGUGUUUAUGACUGCUUUGGAAGUUUCUGAUCAAAGAAAGCAAAUCUUUAAGCUUCAUACUGGAAGUUCUGAUCUGGAUAAAUUAUUAGGGGGCGGUAUUGAAUCGAUGUCCAUUACAGAAGUUUUUGGGGAAUUUAGAACAGGAAAGACACAAUUGUCCCACACCCUAUGCGUUACAGCACAGAUGCCAGGUGCUAAUGGAUACCUUGGAGGGAAAGUUAUGUUUAUUGAUACCGAACACACUUUUCGACCCGAACGGUUACGUCCUAUAGCUGAAAGAUUUAAUCUGGACCAGACUGCUGUUAUGGAAAAUAUACUAUAUGCCAGAGCUUAUAACUCAGAGCACCAGUUCGAGAUGUUAAACUUGGUCGCCGCUAAAUUCCAUGAAGAAGGCGGUAUCUUUAAACUGCUAAUCGUCGAUUCUAUAAUGGCGCUUUUCCGUGUCGACUAUACGGGUAGAGGAGAAAUGGCCGAUCGUCAACAAAAACUUGGCCAAAUGUUGUCCCGUCUGCAAAAAAUCAGCGAAGAGUUUAAUGUUGCAGUUUUUAUUACUAACCAGAUAUCUUCGGAUUUUUCUGUUGCACAGUUGGAACCCGAUGUACCCAAACCAGUCGGAGGAAAUGUUCUUGCUCAUUCAUCUACCACAAGAUUGGCUUUGCGCAAAGGUAAAGGCAAUAGAAGAAUAGCCAGAUUAUAUGACAGCCCAGAUUUAGAAGAAAAUGAAGUUUCCUACAUUAUUACUAACGGAGGUAUUGAUGAUGUAAAAAAGAUGGAGUGA